UAAUUGUGACUCGUCCGUUUGUAAACGAACUGUAUCCUCUUUCUUCAGAGUGGCCGGCUGUCAGAAACGACUGCACUUGUGACAUGUUACACAUUUAUAGCUUAGCUAACGGGCUAGCGGAGGCUAAUUGGAAGUCGGCUUAAGUUUUAAAUAUUCAGCUGUGUGACAAUGUUGGAGCUGACCGACAGGGUUUUUAAUGUCGUCGGAGAAGAUAUUGUUUACGGGAACUUGUCGCAGGUCAGGCAUGUUGUGUUGGUCCUGUCAGGGAAGGGCGGCGUGGGCAAGAGCACCAUCACCACAGAGCUAGCACUGGCUCUCAGGCAUGCCGGCAAGAAGGUUGGCAUCCUGGACGUGGACCUGUGUGGACCCAGUAUCCCCCGUAUGCUCAACGUGGGCCGGCCUGACGUGCACCAGUGUGACUCAGGAUGGGUGCCAGUCUACACCGAUGCCAAGAAGAACCUCGCCCUUAUGUCCAUUGGCUUCCUGCUGGAGGACCCGGAUGAAGCAGUGGUAUGGAGGGGGCCCAAGAAAACAGCUAUGAUAGCCCAGUUCGUGUCAGAUGUAGCAUGGGGGGAGCUGGAUGUGCUGCUGGUGGACACGCCACCGGGGACAUCAGACGAACAUUUGGCAGUGCUGGAGAACCUCAAAAAACACAGAGUGGAUGGAGCGGUCUUGGUCACCACACCUCAGGCGGUAUCCACGGGGGAUGUAAGGAGAGAGAUCACCUUUUGUAAAAAGACAGGUGUACGGAUCCUGGGCAUCAUCGAGAACAUGAGUGGAUUUGUUUGUCCACACUGCUCAGAGUGCAGCAAUAUAUUCUCAAAAGGUGGAGGAGAAGAGUUAGCCAAGUUGACUGGAUCUACAUUCCUAGGUUCUGUGCCCCUGGAUCCUCUGCUCAGCACCAGUAUAGAGGAGGGAAAAGACUUCAUAGAGUCAUUUCCAGAGAGCGCCACAUUCAGUGCCAUCAGCAGCAUUUCUCAAACUCUGCUCGACAGCCUCCAAACAGCAUGAGAUGUGAAUGUUUAGAAUGUCUGCAUUGUGUUUACAUGUUGGCAUAUAUGCUCUGUAUAAUGUAGAAAUUGUAUACAUUGUGCAGAUAUAAUUAUGCUGAUUUCUGUGUUGCAUAUUUGUCCUGUACAGUUUAACACAAUUAAAACUAUUUACUCAUUAUCUUGUUUUAUACAUUAUAUAAAAUAACCAUCUGCUA